AUGGUGUCCACCACCUGUCUGGUGGGCCCCACGUGGGUGGCCCCUCAAUUAGUUAUUACUAUUACUAUUAUUAAUAUUGUUGAUGUCAUUUCUUCUCAUUUUGUUGUCUGGGUUUCGUCCCUGUGUUCCGUUUUACCUUGUCGCUGUGGUUGUAUACACGCUUUGCAUUGCGGCCUUCUUUUUGUUUUUUUUUGUCUUCACGUGACUCCUCACCUCAAAAAAAAAAAUACAAGGCAAUUUAAAAUGUACUCGGAUAGCGAGAGCAUUAUUAGUGAGUUUGACGACUUUACUUCUGAUGAGGACCCAGAAAUGGAUGACUUUGAUCGUUUGCUCGAUGAACAGGUAGAGCAUCAGGAGGAUUCUCUUUACACGUUGCGUCUCUCCUAUUUGCGGCUUUUUGAGGAUGAAGAUGGCCCACUUCGAUCAGCAUUCCCCGACUUAUAUGUUCCAUCUAAGGAGAUUCUUCUUGACUUGAGUAACGUGUUAAGUUGUGAGGGGGAUUGUGAGGAGGAUGGGGAAAAUGUGGAAUAUGAAGGAGAAGAUAUUGACUGGGAGGCUGCAGCGAAAGAUCAUGAGGCAUUUGAUAAACACGGGGAAGAGGGGGGUGAUGAUGGAGAUGCGGAGGAAAAUCAUGACGUGCGACUACAACCGGAAAACGGGUGUGCGGAAACCACUUUGAGAACUGUUGGGAAACCAAGCCCUGCCACAAAAUUCAUGGACAAGCACCGAGGAAAUUCUUUACUUGUUGAGGUGGGGUUAACAGUGAGUCGCAGCGAACUCAGGGAGCGUCAUGUGGCGCAGUACCCAGAUAUUGACUUUGUUGUGGGUUACAUUCAAAGGGAACCCACAGGUUGGGCACUACUAAUGACCGAAGAUCCCAACACGGUAGAAGGGAUCAAGUCAUAUUACCCUUCUCACCGUUUGGCAACCGAAAGUGAUUACGUUAUGUUUUUCAGGUCUACACACCCCAAAAAGACAGGUUUUGUGACUAUCCCUAAUCCUCCGCAGAGGCAACAAAAGAAGGGACGGAGGCAAUAUAUCAGGCAGAUGCAAAGUUCUGCCGCUCUAUCUGCUCACAUCGAGGCGAUGGGAGGAAUGCAAAAUGCUAUUUUUGUGUUCCUUGACGUGGAGGCAGCUGUGGUUCAAAAGAAUUCUGUCCCCCUUCCGCUGGAGAUUGCGCUGGUUCCGAGUGGAGGUGAUCAUUCCUUCCAACCUUUCCAUUGUUUCCUUCAUCCAGGCGUGAUAGAAAAUUCCCAAGUAGCAUUAGGACUAAGUUGCGGUGCAAUUCCCUCAAGUCACCACGUACCACUAAACAAUGUCACGUUUCUUCGCCGUGACUACACGAAAGUUGCUGAGGAGAUUUCCCAGUUUUUGUCUUGCGAGCGGGUAGUGCUUAUCAACAAGGGUUCUCUUAUGGAUGUUCAGGCUCUGCGGUGGGUAUUUGGAGCUGCUCGGAUUGCAGAAAGCAGUAACAUGCCCAUACCCAAACUGGAGGAUAUUGCUUGUUUUGAUAUCCAAGCCUUAAAGAAACUACUCGCACAGGGUGAAUGGCGGGAAACUAAAGGUGAUGCGGCGGAGACUCAUGGUGAAUUCUGUUGGUACCAUGCCGGUAUGCAAGAAGGGUUGAGGAGAGAAAUUGUUGGAUAUACGGAGUCGCACUGUGCAUUAAAAGAUGCUCAGGUAAUUCAUGGCGUGGUGCAGAGGUAUCUUUAA